AUGCUUCGAUUUUCCGCCCCAAUGGCAGAAAUGGGCGACGGUCUGGGGGACGCCACCGCCAUUCUCGCUCUCAGGAUCGACACCGACGACAGGCUCCGAAACACGUCGCGCUGCCUGAGGUAUCUGCUGUCGAAUUUUGGCGAUAUCCGUGUGAUCAUCCUGGAGGACGGCGCGAAACCUCGAGUGGGUGAGAUUUUGACGGAGAGAGACGUGGCGCCGCACAAGGAGAGGGUUAGUUACUCCUUCGUCGAAGAGCAUUCGAAGAUCUUUCACCGGACCAAGCGUCUCAACCAGUGCCUCAAGAAGGUCGAGACACCGAUCGCGAUCAUUCACGACGUCGACGUGAUUCUGCCCGUCGCCAGCAUGCUCGAGGCGCGACGGAUGAUCGCCGAAGAUGGCUAUGGUGCGGUGACGCCGUUCAGCAACCCUCCCGGAUGCACGGACGUUCCUCAGAAAGACGCGGACGCGCUUGCGACGGACUCGACGUCCCACGAGCGACUGGUCAAGGUUUGUCGGAACCAUGUUGCGGGGAACGGUUUCAGCCUCUUCGUAGCCACGAGGGCGUACGCCGACCGCGGAGGGGAGAACGAGGAUUUUGUGUCUUACGGCCCCGAAGACGAUGCGCGCCUCUACAGCCACACCAGGCUCGGCCUGAAGUAUGGGAGGGUAAAGGGAAGGGUGUUCCAUAUGGAGCACCAAAGGGGCAUGAACAGCUCUCCAUCGAACCCCAUGUUCUCCCACAAUACCGAGCGGGCGCCACCCCUCUCAGAACUCUUGUGUGCCGCGGCCGAAUGCGUACGUACCGACAAUUUGGUGGAUGUCGUUUCGGGGAGGAACACGCCUUUGACGCUGCACAAGGCGCAGUUCGCGAACACUGCAGCAUACGCGGACCUCGUGGAAGUGUUGAAACGCCUGUUUGAAGCUUCGAGCGAAGAGGCGGCGCUUCAUCCGGAGGGCUGGUGUCCUAGAUGUGGGCUGACAUUGGAGGCAUUCCAGAGGAUGCUGAGCUGUAGGAAUAUGACUGUCGUGAUUUAUAGGGACGGGUCCGAGAAGACUAGCACGAGCAGCGUGACGUGCGAUUUCGAAAAGGAUUCGUGUAGCGUGGACGUCGAGGCUGAUGAUGAUGGGACGGCGAGGAUCAAAAAGCUAUGCGCGUGCUAA